ACUAAACAUAACAGAUUACAUCAGCUCAGGCUUUUCAAUUCCUGGAUGGUAGCAGCGUGCUAAUCCAAACUUCAUCCUGGAUUUCGCAAAGUAAAACAAGGGAGGCUGGCAAGAGGACAGAUUGAGGAAACUGACGACGGCAGGCCUUGUGGGCAAGAGGCUGUAUAAAGCUCCAAAAUUUGUAAGCUGAUCUUCAGAACUUCCACAUUGGGUUCUUCACUCCUGCAUCCCUGAACAGAAGACAUCUGACUGAACUUUUGCAACCUGUCAUUGCGGACAGUGGAAUUGGGCUUUCAUCACACCAGGAGCCAUGACCGGUUUUCUGGUGCUCACUCUACUUCUGGUACCCAUGAAUGUCAGAGCUACCUGGAGCGCCAAGUAUGCAGUAGAUUGUCCGGAGUCCUGCGACAGCAGUGAAUGUAAAAAUCCGCAGCAUUGUAAGCGGACUGUAUUGGAUGACUGUGGCUGUUGUAGGGUGUGUGCUGCAGCUCUGGGAGAAACUUGCUACCGGACAGUUGCAGGAAUGGAUGGUGUUAAAUGUGGGCCCGGACUGAAGUGCCAAUUUUUUUCUGAAGAAGAUGAUUUUGGAGAUGAGUUUGGUAUCUGCAAAGAGUGUCCUUAUGGUACUUAUGGGUUGGAUUGUUUAAGAACCUGCAGCUGUCCAUCUGGCAUAUGUGACAGAGUAACUGGGAAGUGUGUAAAGUUUUCUUUUUUCCAAUUGGCUGCAUCAAAACCUCCCCACCAACGGAAAUUACUGCCGCCUGCAGAGAAUGACAUGGGAUCUGGCGAUGGUAAUUCCGUAGAAGAGGAUUUUGUGAAGGAAAAAGACAUUCACUCUCCAAUCAUGAAAUGGCUAAAUCCUCGCUGAUAUUAGCCUAUGUGGGUUAGAUUUCUAACCCAUGCUUUCGUCUAAUAGUGAAUGUUCCACAAACCACUUUAAAACAGUAGAUCUCUUGCAGAGGAAAUGGUAAUUUUUAAAAAAGAAGAUCCGGUUUGUGCAUCUUUGGGAAAAGAUUGAAUUUCAGUAAGAAACUGUGUACAAUGUACAUGAUUUUUAGAAUAUCUUCUGAAUACUAAAUGUAUCAUGAAUCCUUGAAUGUAAAAUAUAGUUGGAACUUGCAUAUUGCUGGAGCUUACGUAUAUAUAUUGAAAAACACAUAUAUCUUAUUUUUUAACAUUCUCAAUUCUAUAUGUCCUGCACAAAAUAUUUAUUCAUCAAUGAACUGAAAAUGUAUGGGGGAUAAAAAUUAGUAUAUGUAUUGUCUAGACUGAAAUCCUAAUUCCAGCAAUAGAGUAACAAUAAUACAGGCAAUAGCUGUUGAAUAUGGCACCAGCCUUAAUUCUGAAUCCUAUACAUAUUUGCCAGCAGGUCCAAUGAAUACAGUAGGAUUUCCUUUUCUAUUAAGCAUUCAGAGAUUUUAAUUUAUGGCCGCAAUCUUAUUCAGAGCUAAAACAUAGACUAAACAACUUUUUUACUGUUACCAAUUAGCUUUACCCACAUUCAGUUCUUCUGACUCAGAUAUAGAUAGGUCUCCCCUUCAUCUCUGGGUUACUAAUUUAGCAUUUAUUGCAAGCAGUGGUGGGAUUCCAAAUCUUUUCCUACCAGUUCUGUGAGAGCGUGCUUUGCUUAACGCGUGCUUUGCACGCAUGCGCAGCACUCAAAGAUUGCCCUCGGUGUCAGCGCUGGUGAGCUGAGCUGUUGUUUAGCUCAGCUGAGGCGUGACAAUCCGCUCUGCUAUGCGAAUCAGCUGAGCUAAAAAACAAGGGAAUAUCGGACAGGGAACAGCAGGGGAUGGAGGGCAGGGCCAGCCAGAGGUGGUAUUUGCUGGUUCUCUGAACUACUCAAAAUUUCUGCUACCGAUUCACCUGAACUGGUCUGAACCGGCUGAAUACCAACUCUGAUUGCAAGCCUCAAAGAUUAGUUUUUUUCUGUUGAAAUCAAGAAGAUGGUAAAAGCUUUAUGGAAGACUGGUCUUAACAAUUACUUUCCUUAUGGGUAACAUAUUUGUGAAAAUUAAAUUGUGAAAGCUCUGUGUCUCAUAAUGUGUUUAUUGGGAUUAAAUUCAUUAUUCCCUUUUGUGGUCAAUCAAAACUUAGUCUGGCUUGAAUUGUGCUGGCUUGAAACGUAAAGCUGAACUGUGUAUCUGAAGAUUGCAGCUCACAAUAUGAGUGCCAAUACAAUCAACAUUACAGACGUGCAAACACUUGCUCUCUAUGUUAAUGGAUCAUUUGAAGGCAAGUAAGAUUUGAGGCUCCUUCAGGAAUUCUGAGUUGCAUAAAAAGGAGAAAGUUGCUUAUGUAGUUUGGUGGGCAGGAUGAAAGAGUUUAUUUAAAUAGUGUUGUGAAUAUUUACAUGAGUAUAACUCUUUCGUUGUUUGCUUUGCCAAAUACGAUGAAUCCUUCAAAGCUGUGUAACUAACUAACUGUUAUUACAAUAUAAGAUUGUAUUUCUAUAAUUGUUAUUGUUAAUGUAAUUAAUCCCUAAUAAAACAGAUAAAGCCUAUUGCUUUCACAGU